UGGGGAACAAUGCGAGUGAGCAACUUCAGGAAGUCAUUGUGAAAGAAAGCUGGGAAGAGCUCCGCGGCCAAGUUAGCCGGGUACUCUAACAAGUGCCUGCGCGGCUCGCGCCCAGGGCGGUGACAGCGGCCACAGCCCUCAGUCCCCGCGCAGCUUAAGCGCUGUCUGGGGCCGUCCGGGACGACCUGGGCUAAACCAACAGGGCAGCGGGAGCCCCGGCUCCAAAGGUUGCUCUUCGUGCCCGAGGAUCAGUCUCGGCCCCAAAGUGCGGUGCACACGUCCACGGGCUUGUGAAGGCAGUGGCUGGACCUUUGAGGAAGAGGAGAAGGGACCUGAGGCCUCACCACCAGAUAACCUGAGGACAAUGGAUGCCGAUGAGGGUCAAGACAUGUCCCAAGUUUCAGGAAAGGAAAGCCCCCCAGUCAGUGAUACUCCAGAUGAUGGUGAUGAACCCAUGCCUGUCCCCGAAGAUCUUUCCACCACUUCUGGAGGACAGCAGAAUUCCAAGAGUGACCGUGGCAUGGUUACAUAUGGGGCUGAUGGCUUUAGGGAUUUUCAUGCAAUAAUUCCCCAAACUUUCUCUCCCAGUAAUAUUAAAGUAGAGGCUCAGAGUGAUGAAGAGAAUAGGCGUGCCUGUGAAAUGAAUGGGGAAGAAUGUGCAGAGGAUUUACGAAUGCUUGAUGCCUCGGGAGAGAAAAUGAAUGGCUCUCACAGGGACCAAGGCAGCUCGGCUUUGUCGGGACUUGGAGGCAUUCGACUUCCUAAUGGAAAACUAAAGUGUGAUAUCUGUGGGAUCAUUUGCAUCGGGCCCAAUGUGCUCAUGGUUCACAAAAGAAGCCACACUGGAGAACGGCCUUUCCAGUGCAAUCAGUGUGGGGCCUCCUUCACCCAGAAAGGCAACCUGCUACGGCAUAUCAAGCUGCAUUCCGGGGAGAAGCCAUUCAAGUGUCACCUCUGCAACUAUGCCUGCCGCCGGAGGGACGCCCUAACAGGCCACCUCAGGACACACUCUGUUGGUAAACCUCACAAAUGUGGAUAUUGUGGCCGAAGCUAUAAACAGCGAAGCUCUUUAGAGGAACAUAAAGAGCGCUGCCACAACUACUUGGAAAGCAUGGGUCUUCAGGGCACGUUGUACCCAGUCAUUAAAGAAGAAACUAAUCACAGUGAGAUGGCAGAAGACCUGUGCAAGAUAGGAUCAGAGAGAUCCCUCGUGCUGGACAGACUAGCAAGUAACGUCGCCAAACGUAAGAGCUCUAUGCCUCAGAAAUUUCUUGGGGACAAGUGCCUGUCCGACAUGGCCUACGACAGCAGUGCCAGCUACGAGAAGGAGAAUGAGAUGAUGACUUCCCAUGUCAUGGACCAGGCCAUCAACAACGCCAUCAACUACCUGGGGGCCGAGUCCUUGCGUCCCCUUGUGCAGACACCCCCGGGUGGCUCAGAAGGGGUCCCAGUCAUCAGUCCUAUGUACCAGCUGCACAAGACCCCGACAGAGGGGCCCCCGCGGGCCAACCACUCUGCACAGGACAGCGCGGUGGAGAACUUGCUGCUGCUGUCCAAGGCCAAGUCGGCGUCCUCGGAGCGGGAGGCCUCCCCCAGCAACAGCUGCCAAGACUCGACGGACACGGAGAGCAACACGGAGGAGCAGCAGCGCGGGGGUCUCAUCUACCUGACCAACCACAUCGCUCCGCUGGCCCGCAAUGGCCUGGCGCUCAAGGAGGAGCAGCGCGCCUUCGAGGUGCUGCGCAGCGCCUCGGAGAACUCGCAGGACGCCUUGCGCGUGGUGAGCAUGAGCGGCGAGCAGAUGAAGGUGUACAAGUGUGAACACUGCAGAGUGCUCUUCCUCGACCACGUCAUGUACACCAUCCACAUGGGUUGCCACGGCUUCCGGGAUCCCUUCGAGUGCAACAUGUGCGGGUACCACAGCCAGGACAGGUACGAGUUCUCCUCCCAUAUCACGCGGGGGGAGCACCGCUUCCACAUGAGCUAAAGAUCCCCACAUACCCUGGACCCCUCCUCCCGUGCGUGGGCACAAGCACACACACACACACACAACACACACACAACCCUGAAGAGCCUGCUUCAUCUGGACCAUGGAUAAUGUGGAGUGUGGACUAUGGGGUGUGGUGUGGAUUAUGUGGCUAAUGUGGAGUAUGGAUUCUGGGGUGGGUUCCUGGGGUGUGGUGGUCAUUGUCACCAGGCUGGUUGGGUUUCAUUUGCUUUUGCAAACCAGAUUUCCUUUGGUAGAGGCAAAAUGGCUCCCGGAGCCUAGAAAAACUUCCAUCUCCCUACGAUUCCAUAGACUUGUUAAGAUGCACUUCCUCCCCUCCCCCACUACACACCACUCCGUACAGAACCUGAACUGAUUAAAUGAAACAAGUCAGAUCCUGCCAAGCAGGGUUGUGUAGUAAGCACAAAGUUCAUGCACAUACCAGGAGCUCCCCAGGUCCCCACAGCUAGAGAGCACUGCCUCUGAAGUACUGCCAUCUCUAAAGCUUAACAGGUGAGCAAUAGGAACAGGUAUAUGGCUGCUAGGGAGAAGCAGGGACAGAAAGUAUACAGAAGCCACAAUUCCAGGCCACUCAAAGCCAGAGAAGAAUGGCUACAAUCUGAACCCAGGUAACAUUAGGUCAUCCUUCUCUAAGGAAAAUAGAACUGCCCUAGGCAAGAGAGGGGGCAAAAGAUUGCAGAGCCCCCGAGACUCUGCCUUGCUUUCUAAGCUUGGUGAGUUUGCCCAGGAGACACGCAGCCUUCCUAAACUGGUUGCAAGUCCAGUGUUCCUGGGUACAAAUGUAAAGAGUCCUGUUCUCUGCUUUGUCACCCCUAUGCCCGUAAGGGUCCCUAUCUCCAUUUUCAACCACAGUCCCAAUAUUUAGACCUUAAUUUGAACCUCUCAAGGAGUAAAAUUCCUCAGAAAAUCAAGCUUUCUUCCAAAUUCUGUACUGUCUUAUCUGGGUGUUUAUUCUUUCCCCGAGGCUGGUUCUACCUAAAGCCAUGACCUUUUACCCUGUCAAAGGCCUAAGUACAAUCUCAGUGCUUCAUUUUAAUUCAGACCAUGUCCUAUUUGUAGCUGCAAGUCUGGAUUCGGCUGUAUUUAUAAAGUUCUUUCUCUAUCCACAUCUACAUAAUUUUUUUGUGUGUAUGCCAGUACUGGGUCUUGAACUCAGAACCUGGGCACUCAGGAUUGGUGCUCUACCA